UUGCAUAAUUGCUAUUAUGCAGUCGCCAAAUCUUGCGAUGAGCAAAAGAAGUUACAGUCGUUGCCGAAAGAGUUAAAAGAGGGGAAAAAGUUCAAUGAGCUAUGGACACUCCUCAAACUAAGCUUCAUUGCGCCGCACUGUUCAAUGAGCUAUGUGUUUUCGGAUACUUGUUUCGCCGUUGUUAGCGUCGAGCAACUGGUCAGAGUCUCAGUUAUGGCCUAGAUCUGAACCUGCCACUUUGUGAAGGCUCCAAUUCCUUUCUGGCCACCGGAGUGAGAGCAAAGUCCUCCACCCUUCUAUCUCCGUGCUUUGCCCUUGUUCAGAUAAGGGUGUGUUUGUUUUACCAGAUCGCUGGCGCAGAAGUCCUUCACCUUGUUGAAUCGUUGGUGCGGAUGUUCGAAGGCGAUCGUCGAACUCGGAGAUCAAAUGCAGUGAGCGGUUGGAAGCGUAUGCUGUGAGCAUCGGCCCCUACUUCGUGUAUGACGGGAAAGCGCGACUUUGUUUCCUAUCAGGGUGAAGUUGACAUUGAACAUAUGGCCUGGUUGCGCAGCAUCGGCCCCUACUUCGUGUAUGGCGGAGAAGUGCGACUUUGUUCCCUAUCAGUAUCAGGGUGAAGUUGACAUCGAACAUAUGUUUUGAAUUUGUCAGGCUGCGAAAACUUUUGUUGAUCAAAGAAGGACAUGACAAGUACGGCAUGCUUUGUAAUUGUUAGUAGAAAUGAUAUUCCUAUAUAUGAAGCCGAAGUGGGAUCUGCUCCAAAGAAAGAAGAAAUAGCUUACCAGCACCAGUUUGUUUUGCACGCCGCAUUAGAUAUUGUCCAGGACCUUGCAUGGACUACAAGUGCCAUGUUUUUAAAGGGCGUGGACAGAUUCAAUGAUCUAGUGGUAUCUGUGUAUGUUACUGCAGGUCAUACUAGAUUGAUGCUACUCCAUGAUUCACGUAAUGAGGAUGGGAUAAAAAGCUUUUUUCAAGAGGUUCAUGAACUUUACAUAAAGAUUCUCCUGAAUCCUCUAUACCUACCUGGCUCGCGCAUCACAUCCUCUCAUUUUGAUACCAAGGUUAGGGCUCUUGCGAGGAAAUAUCUGUGAGGACCUGUCCCAAGGGGUAAAGGAAGCAUCACUGCGGAGUAUUUUAAAGCGUGCAUACGAGUACCGCAUAUUGAACUUUUGCUUGAUGUUUCUAUUACAUUAUCCGAUCAAUGUAAAAUUCGAUCAGAUGCACCUGAUCCAUGUAUAUGCAGAAAAAUUGUAGCUUUGUUUUUGUGCUACCAUGUACACCAAACCUUACUCUGUGUGCUUGAAUCCUAUCUGAGAAUGAAGUAUUCAAUUAGAAAAAUCUAUUCGGUUCGCAAUA